AUGCAGGAUGCUUCCACCGCCGAAGGUGAAGCCGAAGCCGAUUCGGAGACACCCAAUCCGCUGCCGCCGGAGGCUGACGCCAAGAAGGCCGAGGGAAAUACAGCUUUCCAGGCAAAGCAGUUCGAGGUGGCAGCACGCCUGUAUGCUGAGGCCAUCGCCAUAGCGGAGGCUGCUGGCGCUGAUGUCCCUGGCGUCUACUACUCGAAUCGAGCGGUUUGCCUGGCGUCUUUGCAAGACUGGGAAGGCACUCGGAAUGAUGCCGCGAAGGCGCUUGCGCGAGUGACAGAUCUGUCUGCAGCCGCCAUGAAGAAGGCUCUUUUCCAGAAGGCCCGGGCAGAGCUCCGGCUUCAGCUGCAGGCCGAAUGCCAGGCGACCCUCAGCCUCGCGGAGCAGCUGGGGGUUCGCACCGAGGUCGAGCGCCUCCUCAAUGCGCAAACUGAGUCGGCACCUGCAGCGCCUGCGGCCUCUAUGGAAGCACAGCAGGCUGCAGCCCCUCCUGCACCAGUUGCGGAGGCCCUGCGAGCAAAGGAGGCUGGGACGGCACAGUGCUCCCGCCCUGCGAAGGAGAGCACUUUGCCGUGCCUCCCGUUUCAUUGGAAAAGGUACAAGGAGGGGAACUACCGUGGUGCGCUGACGGAGUACCGCAGGGCGCUGGACGGGGCGGGCUCCUGUCCACUUACGAGUCAUCGGCAGUGGAGCUGCAGCACAUAUCUUCAAAAACGUGGUCGGUGCAUCAACUUCAGGACUUGGUUGACCAAGAUGCUGGACUACGUGCGCAGUUGUUGGGCAACGUUGCUGCAGCGUGCUUCCGUCGGAUUGGUUCUUUUGCUAUCAGGCUGA